AUGGAUACACCUGAAGCGCCAUGGCACGCCGCCUUUCCCGCGCCAAGGAAACAGGAGCCCGGGACAAUGACGCGGGGAGAAGUUCUCAAAAUGAUGAGGGAUGGCGGAAGCGUGGCAGGGAAAGAUUACUUGCUGGUUGAUCUGAGGAGGACUGACCAUCAAGGAGGCACCAUCCGGGGCUCUAUCAAUCUUCCUGCGCAAAGCUUGUACCCAGCCCUACCAACAGUUUACAAUAUGAUCAAAGCCGCCGGAAUUUGCAGGGUUAUAUGGUAUUGCUCAUCCUCCCGUGGCCGGGGCACACGUGCUGCUUGUUGGUUUAGUGAUUACCUAGAAGAGAAAGGAGAUGAGAGUAUCCAGAGCCUCAUUCUACUCGAGGGACUCAAGGGAUGGGCUAAAGGAGGUCCUGAAUAUGUAAAUUGGGUUGAUGGCUAUGAAAAAACUUACUGGGAAACCCAGUAA